ACCAGCUUCUCAACUUCGAAUCCCCCCACCCUCUGAAGCUUCGAUUAGACCAUCGUUGAUGCGAUUUUUCUAAUCACGCCCUUUGACAUCUUUCUUAGCUUCGCGUCUGCUCACGAUCGGUAACAAUGGACCUUGGCGCGGGAGACUCCCCGUGGGGCGAUGAGCCCUCUCAAUCCUCUAGUCCCGUCAACUCGAAGCCAGAUACCAAAGACGGCGCUUCCACGCAGCCCGGGUUGUCCGCCAGCACUCCAGAGGUCCGCACUCCGGGAAGACGAGGCCCACGAGGCACGCGCAAGAUCAGCGCUCAGGCAACUCCAUUGCAAGCCGUUGAUGACACAUUCGAUCCCCUUGGCCCGCUCGGAGAAGCACCCGCCGAGACGAGCGCGAUACCCGCAGACGAGGCCCCGGCACCUCCCCAGAAAGAAUUGGUUGCUGGACGCAGUCCUCAGCCGACCUCGACUUUCUCUCCCACCUCCAGCGGGGCCGGUCUCGCAGAUUCGCUCAGCCUAGAAGAGGAUGGCGGCAGUUUCCGAGGGCCUCCGCCCGUGCAACCACCGGCCGAAGUGGAGGGACCGAAGCGACAGACGCAAGCCAGCAUGAGCGUGGAGCAGGCUGCAAAGCCAACAUUCGACAUCAGCGUCGGAGACCCUCACAAAGUCGGAGAUCUGACCAGUAGUCACAUUGUCUACCAAGUUCGAACAAGGACAACAUCUAAAGCAUACCGCGUGCCCGAGUUCUCCGUCAGUCGUCGAUAUCGUGAUUUCCUCUGGCUGUAUAACUCCUUGCAUAGCAACAACCCCGGAGUCGUUGUUGCUCCCCCGCCUGAGAAACAGGCCGUUGGUCGGUUUGACACGAACUUUGUCGAGUCGCGGAGAGCUGCUCUGGAGCGAAUGUUGAACAAGAUUGCUAGCCAUCCAAUUCUUCAGCACGACGGCGAUUUGAAAAUCUUCCUCGAGAGCGAAGCUUUCAACGUUGAUGUGAAGAACAAGGAGAACCGGGAACCUGAUCUGGGUCAAAGCAAGGGUAUGCUGAGCUCAUUUGGAAUCUCUGUUGGCGGAGGAGGCAAGUUCGUGGAGCAUGACGACUGGUUCCAUGACCGAAAGGUUUAUUUGGAUGCGCUGGAGAACCAGUUGAAAGCUCUCCUAAAAUCGAUGGACACCGUGGUUUUGCAGCGAAAGGGCCUCGCGGAGGCCGCGGGAGACUUCUCUGGCUCACUGCAUGCACUCGCUUCCGUCGAGCUUUCCCCUGCUCUAUCGUCGCCCUUGGACGGCCUGUCGGAACUUCAAUUGCGGAUUCGGGAACUUUACGAGCGCCAGGCACAGCAGGAUGUUCUGACCCUGGGGAUCACCAUCGACGAGUACAUUCGCCUGAUUGGCAGCAUAAAACAGGCAUUUAGCCAACGGCAAAAGGCUUUCCACACGUGGCAUACCGCCGAGUCGGAUCUACAGAAGCGCAAGAACACGCAAGACAAACUCCUCCGGCAGGGCAAGACACAACAGGACCGACUGAACCAAGUCAAUGCCGAUGUCGCCGAUGCAGAGCGCAAGGUGCACCAGACGCGUUUAUUGUUCGAGGACAUGGGCCGCUUGAUGCGGAAUGAACUGCAGCGGUUCGAAAAGGAGAAGGUAGAGGACUUCAAGUCUGGCGUCGAAACCUUCCUGGAGAGUGCCGUCGAGGCUCAGAAGGAGUUAAUCGAGCUCUGGGAGACAUUCCUUUUGCGUCUCGAUGCUGGAGAAGAUGGUCUUCCGUACUACGUGCCUCCUCCAGCGUCCGGCGAGGCCAGCGAAGCUGCAGCGCCAGAGUCUGCGGCAUCCCCCAUGCCAGUGCCCGACGAUGAAGCGUAA